GAUCUAUCACAGACCCCCAUCAAAUUUUUUUUUAAUUUUCCCAAAAAAAAAAAAAAAAACUAUACUUUGUCAUUAUUUUUUUGAAGAGUCUGUCUGUUUGUGUGUGUGUGUGUUCUAUGUGUUUUGGUCUUCAGAACAAUCUCAGUACAUAUGGAAUUUCUUUAACUAACGUUUUUGGUCUGUGUGUCUUGUUUAUUUGUUUAUCUCAGUACACUUAAAUAUGUAUUAUUGUUUAUUUGUCUUUGGUUUGUUAUGGGUGCAAGAUCAACGAGGUUGCUUGCUGAAUGGAAGGGUUUGCUGGUUUGUGAUUUUUCAAGAAGCCUUGCUGCAAUUCUAUGGGUGAAGUAUGAACUAGAUUUUGGAAGUAGCAGCGGAGAACUGGAUUUUGCUUCACACUGAUUGGUUUGUAUGAGUGUUUACCACAAAAUAGAGACAAAAAUUGUCUCUAUUUUUGAUUUUUUUGAAGCCGCGAAAACAAAAACGUUACUAAAUGACCCCUACGUUUUUUGUGUAACAAAACAAUUCUUUUCAGACCCCAAAGACUCUUAGUCCAGCUGUCAUGUUUGCUUUCCCAAUGGCUGCUUCUCAUCUUCCCUCUCAUUCUACUCCUUUCUCAAAAUCACUGAAACACCCUUCAAACCCAUUUGUCUGUAUUUGUUCGCUCCUUUCUCAAAAUCAUGGCAUGCUCAUCAAACCCAGCCCAAGAACAAUAAACCUCAGGGCUAUACUGUACCAAAACCCUACAAAAACCUCAACUUCAGACGCACAAAUCCAGAACUUUCAGCAUUGUUUCACCAAAUCUGAAGAUGGGUAUUUGUGCUGUGAAGGCCUUAAGGUUCAAGAUGUCAUGAAAAUUGUUGAAAGAAGUCCAUUUUAUCUGUACAGUAAGUCUCAAAUCACAAGAAACUUUGAGGCUUAUGGAGAGGCUUUGGAGGGCUUGAAUUCGAUAAUCGCGUAUGCGAUUAAAGCUAAUAAUAAUCUCAAGAUUUUAGAGCAUUUGAGGAAGUUGGGUUGUGGCGCUGUGUUGGUCAGUGGUAACGAGCUUAAAUUGGCCCUUUGUGCCGGGUUCAAUCCCACCAGGUGUAUCUUUAAUGGAAAUGGAAAGACCUUGGAGGAUCUAGUGCUGGCUGCCCAAGAAGGGGUCUUUGUUAAUAUUGAUAGUGAAUUUGAUUUGGAUAAUAUCGUAGCUGCUGCAAGGAUUGCUGGGAAGAAGGUUAAUGCACUUCUUCGUAUCAAUCCAGAUGUGGAUCCUCAGUUCAGCCCAGCCGGUGAUCUGGAAGCAUGCCAUUGCCGUAAACCACCGUUGUCACAACCCAGCGCCACCCCCCCACCACCUGCUGCACAUAACAUCACCUACCAUGUAGUUAAUCACCUUGGCGUUGCACAACCAUUCCUUGCUCAAAUGGCCCUACCCCACCUCACCCAACUUAAACAACCAAUGGGUUCCAUCACACAUCCAUCACCUCUGGUUCAUCCUUAUGUUGCCACCGGUAACAAGAACUCCAAAUUUGGUAUCAGAAAUGAGAAGUUGCAAUGGUUUCUAGAUGCUGUGAAGGAAUAUUCUAAUGAAUUGAAGCUUGUGGGGGUCCAUUGUCAUCUUGGUUCUACCAUUACCAAGGUAGACAUUUUCAAAGAUGCUGCGGUAAUAAUGGUGAACUACAUUGACCAAAUUCGAGCCCAAGGCUUUGAAAUUGAUUACUUUAACAUGGGAGGUGGUCUGGGGAUUGAUUAUUAUCAUAAUGGAGCCAUCCUUCCCACCCCCAGAGAUCUUAUUGACACUCUAGCCUUAUUCUGCACUACCUUUGUAGGGGAGAGUUCCUUGAUAUAUCAAGGACAUCUACUAACUUUUGUGAUUUCUGGAGAUGUGAUGUCUGAUCUUCUAAAAUCACUAACAGAAGUGCUUAUAUGGCUAUUGAAUUCUUGCCUCCUAAUGGGGUAUGAUAUUAAGAAAAUCAGCUGCAUUGGUACUUUGGACCAUGUGAAGGUCAGAGAGCUGGUGCUUUCAUGUAAUCUCAAUCUCAUCAUAGAACCUGGGAGAUCACUUAUUGCAAAUACUUGCUGCUUAGUUAAUCGUGUCACUGGAGUCAAAACAAAUGGGACAAAAAAUUUCAUUGUGAUCAAGGCAGCAUGUCAGAACUUAUCCGCCCUAGUCUCUAUGUUGCUUAUCAAGUAA